UGACGAACAAUAGCCGAGUAAAGUUCUUGCGGUUUAAUUAAAAGAGGAAAAAAAUAAAUAAAUAUGAAUUCAAAGCAAAUUAUGUUUGGUGUGGCUUUAAUAGCUUUCUGCUGUGUAUCACUAAGUACUUCUCUCAAAUGUUAUGUUUGUGAUAGUAGAGUUUCCUGCAAAAAACCCGAAUUACUUGAAUGUAACCAAAAAUUGGCCAGUGAUACCCUUACUUAUCUACAAAAAUUCCAUACCGGCAUUGAUACAAGUGUCACUUCAAACACCUACAAAUGUCUGCUAGAAAAUACUGAUACUACAACUUCCAAAAACUAUUACAGGGGCUGCAUUUAUCCCAAUGUAUUAGACUGCAAUUUGCCUUCAUUGUCCACUGAGGGAGAUCUCAAAAUGCAUGAGUGCAGACAAUGUAAUGACAGAGAUGGUUGCAAUCCAGCUGGCCGUGCCCAUAUUGGUUUAAUGACUGUUAUUGCCACAAUUGUAUUAGGUUUUGUUACACGUUCUGUGUGGCAUUAAAAUAAUAUUUUGAUUAUAGCUAUUAAAUAUCUUUGUUGUUCUAUCAGUCAUAUAAUUCAUGAGAUACUAGUUAUUUUCUAUUCUCAAUUUUGCCUUUAGUUCUGUCCUAAUUUGUAUUUUAAAAUGUUAUGUGAAAUAAAUUAAACAAAUGAGAUUAAAUAAACGAAA